AUGGCACUGCGUCGCAGUGCUUCUCGUUUCUGCCCUGCCUCCAGCGCUGAUGCGUUCGGGAUGGCGGUCGCACAGCCGCGGCGUAUGCCCAACGCCCUUUUUAUGGAGCAGCGGGAGAAGAUCCUUGCGGAUCUUCGCGAGAACAGAAAUGACAAGAGCCUUGCAGGUCGAGUCGACCCGCAGGUGGCAUCGUUGGUUCAGUUCAUCAAUGAAAAGUUUUGCUGCUAUGUGACGUCCAGCUCGUGCUCUGGGCGGGUUUCAUUGUUUCACAGGGGCCAGAUGUUGAACACGAUGGAGGGGCAGCGGAUAGAGCGUAAGCGUGGCGCCUUUGGUCAGGGCGCGUUGUUUCAGACACAUGAUCCAUUCUCUGAUGUGGAGGGAGCAGUGGAGCAUCUUCUGACACCUGCUUUGGAAAGUUUCUCUGCGUGGCGAAAGAAGCAGCAUGAUGAUGACCCGCUUAUAUAUGAGACGGAGCUGUUACAACUGAAAUUUGAGCCGAUGAUUGUUCAUGUUUUGUGCGAGACCAUGGACGAUGCGGCGCGGCUGCUGCAGUGUGCAAGUGAGAGUGGUCAAAUGGAGAGUGGCGUGCUUUCGUGCUCGCGUGGAACUUCUGAGCAUCGGAAGAUUACUUGCUGUAUCACGUCACCGUUGUGCGUGGACAUUCCUUUGUUUGCACAAGGUCGCUGGCUGCUGGGGCACGCAAACUUUUUUAGCCCAGAGUGGAAGUCCCUGCUCACGAAUACUGUUAUUCACACGAACACAUUAUUUUCUGCAAACGAGGUGCGGCGUUUCCGGUUUGCGGGUGAGGUGCAGAGGCGGUUGUUAUGA